CAGACAGACGUUUUGUGAGCGUGCGCUCAGAGCGGGAAAGAAGGCAGUGGGACUCCGGCGGUCAGAGAGAGGAGACAGGGAAAGAAGACAGUGAGACUCCGGCGGUCAGAGAGAGGAGACAGGGAAAGAAGACAGUGAGACUCCGGCGGUCAGAGAGAGGAGACAGGGCAAGAAGACAGUGGGACUCCGGCGGUCAGAGAGAGGAGACAGGGAAAGAAGACAGUGGGACUCCGGCGGUCAGAGAGAGGAGACAGGGAAAGAAGACAGUGGGACUCCGGCGGUCAGAGAGAGGAGACAGGAAAAGAGAGAGAACUUCGUGCGUUCUACUACACACAGUCACAGGAUAAGGACGAGUGCGUAGACAGUUAUUAUAGACAUUUUUGGGUGUCUUCUUUUUAAAUCAACGUUUGCACGUGAGAUUACGGUUGUAGUGGGUGUAAAGGAACUAGAAAAGCAUCGGAGGAAUGUAUCCAGCUCGAGCAACAGUGACCCACCGUCCCCCGAGAUGUCAGCUCCACAUUAUCCGAACCAUCGUGCUACUCCUGGCUGUCCUAGAGAUGACUGCGACACGGUCUGAUUUCCACCACGACCCCAGUGUUGUGGCCCCCUCCACUUGGAACAGCUCAGCUCUCUUCUUGCGUCUGGAGGCUCCUAUGAACAACAUCACCACGUCUCUGGGCCAGACAGCAGAGCUGCUGUGUCGUGUGUCCGGUCACCCCACUCCCACGGUGCGCUGGCUAAAGAACGACGCCCCCGUGGUCCAGGAGCCUCGCCGGAUCUCCUACCGACCAACGCCCUACGGCUCCCGCCUCCGCAUCCGUAACCUGGACACUACAGACACAGGCUACUUCCAGUGUGUGGCCACUAACAGCUACGGCAUCGUCUCCACCACAGGAGUACUCUUCGUCAAGUUUGAUCCACUCCCUACACCAUUGCCAGGGAGGCCCUAUCCUGAUGAUUUUGAUGAGGAGGGGUUCUGCCAACCGUACAGGGGAGUGGCCUGUUCUCGCUUCAUAGGAAACCGCAGCAUCUUCGUUGACUCUCUGCAGAUGCAGGGUGAGAUUGAGACCCAGAUCACAGCCGCCUUCACCAUGAUCGGAACGUCCAACCACCUGUCGGACCGCUGCUCCCUGUUCGCCAUCCCGUCUCUGUGCCACUUUGCCUUCCCUACAUGUGACCGCAGCUCUGGGACAGACAAGCCCAGGGACCUGUGUAAGGACGAGUGUGAGAUCCUAGAGAAUGACCUGUGUAAGACCGAGUACAUCAUCGCCCGUUCCAACCCCAUCAUCCUGAAGAGACUGAAACUACCUAACUGUGAGGACCUGGCGGGACACACCAGCCCAGAGGCUGCCAACUGCAUGAGGAUCGGGAUCCCCAUGGUCGAGCCCUUCAACAAGAACCACAGGUGUUUCAACAGCAGUGGUUCAGACUUCCGCGGGACGGUCAGUAAGACCAAGUCAGGUCGUCAGUGCCAGCCCUGGAACUCCCAGUACCCUCACAGUCACACCUACCUGGCGGUACAAUACCCCGAGCUCAGCGGAGGACACUCCUACUGCCGUAACCCCGGCAACAAGCAGGAGGGACCAUGGUGUUUCACGCUGGACGAGGGGGUCCGCUUGGAACUAUGUGACAUCCCUGUUUGUGAUUAUAAGGAGAAGCGUGGGGGAAGUAACAUGGAGAUUCUGUACAUCCUAGUCCCGAGCAUAGCCAUCCCUCUGUCUAUCGCCCUCCUUUUCUUCUUCAUCUGUUUGUGUCGUAACAACCAGAAGGCUUCUCGCCCCCCAGCCCCCAGACAGCCCAAACCUGUCAGGGGACAGAACGUUGAGAUGUCCAUGCUCACCAACUACAAACCCAAGAGUAAGGCCAAGGAGCUCCCCCUAUCCGCAGUGCGUUUCAUGGAGGAGCUAGGUGAAUGUACAUUUGGUAAGAUCUACAAGGGCCACCUGUACAUGCCUGGUAUGGAGCAUGCCCAGCUGGUGGCCAUCAAGACCCUGAAGGACUACUCCAGCCCUGGCCAGUGGGGGGACUUCCAACAGGAGGCAUCAGUCAUGGCUGAGCUGCACCAUCACAAUGUGGUGUGUAUUUUGGGGGUAGUGACCCAGGAACAGCCUGUCUGCAUGCUGUUUGAGUUCCUGAACCAGGGGGACCUCCAUGAGUUCCUCAUCAUGCGUUCUCCUCACUCUGACGUGGGCUGUAGUAGUGAUGAGGACGGGACCAUCAAGUCCGUCCUGGACCACGGAGACUUCCUGCACCUGGCCAUCCAGGUGGCUGCUGGUAUGGAAUACCUGGCCAGUCACUGCUUCGUCCAUAAGGACCUGGCAGCCCGUAACAUCCUAGUGGGGGAACGGCUCCACGUCAAGAUAUCCGACCUGGGUCUGUCCCGAGAGAUCUAUGCCUCCGACUACUACAGGGUCCAGCCCAAGGCUUUACUCCCGAUCCGAUGGAUGCCUCCUGAGUCCAUGGCCUAUGGGAAGUUCACAUCGGAGUCAGAUAUCUGGGCGUUUGGCGUGGUGCUGUGGGAGAUCUUCAGCUACGGCCUGCAGCCCUACUACGGCUUCAGCAACCAGGAGGUCAUGGAGAUGGUGAGGAAACGCCAGCUGCUGCCCUGCCCAGAGGACUGCCCCCCCAGGGUCUUCAGCCUGAUGACAGAGUGCUGGCAGGAGGGCCCAGCGAGGCGUCCGCGGUUUAAGGAUAUCCACUGUCGUCUCCGGGCCUGGGAGGGGCUGUCAUCCCACGCCAGUUCUACUACCCCAUCAGGAGGUGGGGGCAACGCCACCACCCAGACCACCUCGUUGAGUGCUAGUCCUGUCAGUAACCUCAGCAAUCCACGCUACGCCGCUGCAGGCUACCUCUACCCAGCCCAGGGGAUACCCGCGCCAGGUCAUCCGGGCCACCAAAUGGCAGGCUGGACCCCAAUGACCCAUGGAGCACCCAUGGCCCAGAACCAGCACCAACACCAAUGCUUCAUCCCUGUCAACGGCUACCCCAUACCCCCAGGCUAUGCUGCCUUUCCUGCAGCCCACUUCCAGGCCCAGGGCCCCCCCAGGGGGGUGCAACACCUCCCCCCGCCCAAGAGCAGAUCUCCCAGCAGUGCUAGCGGCUCCACCAGCACCGGUCAUGUGGCCAGCUUGCCGUCCACGGGGUCUAAUCACGAUGCGAACACGCCACUGCUGUCACACUGCGUGGCGAUAUCUGCCCUGCCAGGGGGCGGGACCAUGCAGGUGUACGGACACAUGUCCCAGAAGGCUUUGCAACAGAUGGACCCCUCGCAGACGUCCGCGCUGCUGGCCGACGCCAACAGACUCAUGUACAGCGAUUCAAUCAUCACCGCUGACGUGUAAAACACUACAGACCUGGACUUUAUAAUAUCUCAUCUGGCCGACGCCAACAGACUCAUGUACAGCGAUUCAAUCAUCACCGCUGAGUGUAAAACACUACAGACCUGGACUUUAUAAUAUCUCAUCUGGCUGAUUUCAUGCUUUGUUUCAUUUUACCUGUUUUCUUUGUUUUUCUAAUAAAAUUAUUAUAAUUAUUGUUUCAACUUUUUACUCUACUUGUAAAUACAUGUACGUAAAUCCAGAAUGAAUGAAAUGCAAAGAUUUAUAUUCAAUUAACUUGUUUUAAUAAGAGAGCUAGAAGUCGUGGCCUGCCUCCUAUUCUGAAACUCAAACUGCCUGAAUAGACUCUUAAUGAAUCUACUCUACCUGCCUGGAUAGACUCUUAAUGAAUCUACUCUACCUGCCUGGAUAGACUCUUAAUGAAUCUACUCUCCCUGCCUGGAUAGACUCUUAAUGAAUCUACUCUACCUGCCUGGAUAGACUCUUAAUGAAUCUACUCUCCCUGCCUGGAUAGACUCUUAAUGAAUCUACUCUCCCUGCCUGGAUAGACUCUUAAUGAAUCUACUCUACCUGCCUGGAUAGACUCUUAAUGAAUCUACUCUCCCUGCCUGGAUAGACUCUUAAUGAAUCUACUCUCCCUGCCUGGAUAGACUCUUAAUGAAUCUACUCUACCUGCCUGGAUAGACUCUUAAUGAAUCUACUCUACCUGCCUGGAUAGACUCUUAAUGAAUCUACUCUACCUGCCUGGAUAGACUCUUAAUGAAUCUACUCUACCUGCCUGGAUAGACUCUUAAUGAAUCUACUCUACCUGCCUGGACAGACUCUUAGUAAACUCUGAAUCAGACACUUCUUGAUUUUCUGGAGCACUUUAGGGCUGUUCUGCAGUAGGGUGUGGUGUUGUUGGACUGGAGGGGCCAUGUUCUGCACAGCACUAUGCAAUAACAUAGCACUCAUACCCUCUGCAUCACUCUCCACAGUUAUGUGCCUCCACAGUUAUGUGCCUCCACAGUUAUGUGCCUCCACAGUCUCCACAGUUAUGUGCCUCCACAGUUAUGUGCCUCCACAGUCUCCACAGUUAUGUGCCUCCACAGUUAUGUGCCUCCACAGUCUCCACAGUUAUGUGCCUCCACAGUUAUGUGCCUCCACGGUCUCCACAGUUAUGUGUGUCCACUAGACUCUCUUCUCAAUACAGGGUUCUCUUCAUAUUUCACUGAUGUAGAGGUACUAGGACUGAAUCAGACGAUUGUUUAACCAGCCAUACUUCUCUCUCCAAUCUGUGAUAAUGUCUCUUUUCCCCUCUAUCACCCUCUUACAAUAGAUCAGUUAUGCAAUAUGGCUCUUACAUUGGCUCUGCAGUCUUUGAUCUAUCCAUUUAUUGUUGUUUUUAUGAUAUGAAGAAAUAGUACUGAUACAUGUAUGUUCAUCAUAACUUCUUUCUCAAAGCAAUCAAUAUAACAAUAAUGUCUGACAGUAGGGUGAAGGAAUGAUCAAAUAUAGGUAUGAAUCUGAAAUCCAACCACAUUUUACCAGACAGCUCACAAAAUCAGCUACAAUACAGUAUAUUUCACCUCACUUUAAAGUGUUUGUUGCUAUGCAACUACUUAGUACAAAUACUCAUUGUUUGCCUGUACAGAAAGAGAACAAGCACUUGCCUUCCAUACUUACUUUAGUAUAAUACACAUCUCUUCCAUACUUACUUUAGUAUAAUACACAUCUCUUCCAUGCUUACUUUAGUAUAAUACACAUCUCUUCCAUACUUACUUUAGUAUAAUACACAUCUCUUCCAUGCUUACUCUGGUAUAAUACACAUCUCUUCCAUGCUUACUUUAGUAUAAUACACAUCUCUUCCAUACUUACUUUAGUAUAAUACACAUCUCUUCCAUGCUUACUUUAGUAUAAUACACAUCUCUUCCAUGCUUACUUUAGUAUAAUACACAUCUCUUCCAUACUUACUUUAGUAUAAUACACAUCUCUUCCAUGCUUACUUUAGUAUAAUACACAUCUCUUCCAUGCUUACUUUAGUAUAAUACACAUCUCUUCCAUACUUACUUUAGUAUAAUACACAUCUCUUCCAUGCUUACUUUAGUAUAAUACACAUCUCUUCCAUGCUUACUUUAGUAUAAUACACAUCUCUUCCAUGCUUACUUUAGUAUAAUACACAUCUCUUCCAUACUUACUCUGGUACAAUACACAUCUCUUCCAUGCUUACUUUGGUACAAUACACAUCUCUUCCAUGCUUACUUUGGUACAAUACACAUCUCUUCCAUGCUUACUCUGGUACAAUACACAUCUCUUCCAUGCUUACUCUGGUACAAUACACAUCUCUUCCAUGCUUACUUUGGUAUAAUACACAUCUCUUCCAUGCUUACUCUGGUAUAAUACACAUCUCUUCCAUGCUUACUCUGGUAUAAUAUAUGCCAUUUAGCAGACGCUUUUAUCCAAAGCGACUUACAGUCAUGUGUGCAUACAUUCUACGUAUGGGAGGUCCCGGGAAUCGAACCCACUACCCUGGCGUUACAAGCGCCAUGCUCUACCAAUUGAGCCACAGAAGGACAAUACACAUCUCUUCCAUACUUACUCUGGUAUAAUACACAUAUCUUCCAUGCUUACUCUGGUAUAAUACACAUCUCUUCCAUACUUACUCUGGUAUAAUACACAUCUCUUCCAUGCUUACUUUAGUAUAAUACACAUCUCUUCCAUACUUACUCUGGUACAAUACACAUCUCUUCCAUGCUUACUUUGGUACAAUACACAUCUCUUCCAUGCUUACUUUGGUACAAUACACAUCUCUUCCAUGCUUACUCUGGUAUAAUACACAUCUCUUCCAUGCUUACUCUGGUACAAUACACAUCUCUUCCAUGCUUACUUUGGUACAAUACACAUCUCUUCCAUGCUUACUCUGGUAUAAUACACAUUUCUUCCAUACUUACUCUGGUACAAUACACAUCUCUUCCAUGCUUAUUUUAGUAUAAUACACAUCUCUUCCAUGCUUACUUUAGUAUAAUACACAUCUCUUCCAUGCUUACUUUAGUAUAAUACACAUAUCUUCCAUACUUACUUUAGUAUAAUACACAUCUCUUCCAUGCUUACUCUGGUAUAAUACACAUCUCUUCCAUGCUUAUUUUAGUAUAAUACACAUCUCUUCCAUGCUUACUUUGGUACAAUACACAUCUCUUCCAUGCUUACUUUGGUACAAUACACAUCUCUUCCAUGCUUACUCUGGUAUAAUACACAUCUCUUCCAUGCUUACUCUGGUAUAAUACACAUCUCUUCCAUGCUUACUCUGGUACAAUACACAUCUCUUCCAUGCUUACUCUGGUAUAAUACACAUCUCUUCCAUGCUUACUCUGGUAUAAUACACAUCUCUUCCAUGCUUACUCUGGUAUAAUACACAUCUCUUCCAUGCUUACUCUGGUACAAUACACAUCUCUUCCAUGCUUACUCUGGUAUAAUACACAUCUCUGUCAUGUUAAGCACAUCGUUAUUUUUUAUCAGGGUAGAAAGUCAGUGAAGUAUGAUGACUGUGUUAAUUUGGGUUCUACUAUCCUGGACAUUUCUAGGAUGUGUCAGUUAGUGUCCAGAGGUACUUUCCCUUUAGGUUCUUUUAGAUGUUUAUAUUACACAUCUCUUUCUUUCUCUAAAGCAGUUCUACCUACCUAGGUAUCUGGAGUUUUAUACAGGUAUCCUCUGAUGUUAUAUGAAUUUAAGUGUGUGUAUAUAUCAGUUCAAAACCACUUAAACACAAGACUGUGAACCUUGGGACUGGCUAUUUUGUCUUGGGCAAAAUAUCAUUCUUGUGCUGUUUUUAUUUUGUUAGAAAGUUUUAUGUUAGAUCAGUUUCUUUUUCUUGGACAGUCUUUUUCAAACAGCAUUUUUAGAUUACAGUGUAUUCAUCAGAAAGGUUUACAUGCAUAAUAUUCGAUUUACCAAGAGGCCUUGUCUUUGUAUUUUAUGAAGAUGUUUGCACAAAUGUUUUGUAUGGCAAAAUCAUUAUUAAAUAAUUACAUUGUUUGGUCA